AACUGCUUCUCCACUAUCAGUGGAUGCUCUGCGGCUCUCACUGACUGAACAGAAAACUUCUCAUCUGUCCACGAUACACACAUAUCACCAUUUCCUGAACCCACAGCUUUAAAUCUGAGCCGCAGCAACACUUAACGGAUCCUACUAAACAUUCAACAAUCAUGGCUGUCCAGCAACAGAUUGUAACCGUGACGAGCCAAUCAACAAGUUCAGGAACAUGGACCACGGGCAUCUGCGACUGCGGCUCAGACUGCGGCACCUGUUGCUGUGCUCUGUGGUGUUUCCCGUGUAUGCAGUGUCAGACUACGUCUCAGUUUGGCUGGUGUUUCUGCAUGCCUCUGCUGGACGCCUGCAUGGUCGUGUCCUGCUGCCUCCGCAGCAGCAUGAGGGAGCGCUAUGGCAUUCACGGCUCCUGCUGUGAUGACUGCUGUACGCUUCUUUGGUGCUAUCCGUGUGCUUGGUGCCAGAUGGCUCGUGAAGUUAAGAUUCGUGCCCGUGCCACAAGUUCUACCGUGGUUACCACACAGAUUCAUGCCUAGGCCCGCGCACCCUGGCUUUACGGCUUCCACAGUUCAGAAUGUUCAGACUUUUGUUUUAAAAGCACUUAUUUGAAAAUGCAUUUCAGCAACAUAUUUUAUUAUUCACAAUUAUCCAAAGUUAUCCAUUUAAGGGUAAUAUGUUUUGCUAGUUUUGGAUUAAUUGAACUGCCAGUCACCCAAAUUCAAGUUUUAUAAUAAUUGGACCAAUCGAAAUGCAAUAUAUAUUUUUUCUUUUUCCUGUAAACUUGCCAAUUUGGAGAAGAAAGUUUUUUGCUCAACAGUGACGAUAUAUGUGUAUGUGUGUGUACGCAAUGCUGCACUUCAGCUAUAGACAUGUGUAAUCCUUUCUAGUAAAACGCUGUAUAACUUUAGAAUAAGUAAACAUAUAAAAAAGUAAACAAGAAUAGUUUUAAACUAAAUUCCAAAAGAAGAGAUUUGCAAGUAAACAAACACAAUGACACAAAAUAAGACUUGUGUCAUGUGUUGUUGAUUUGUAUUUAUUCUAAUGUUAGUGUUUUAUUUUUGCUAUAUUUGCUUACAGCUCAGAUAAAUAGAUACACAUACAAUUGUCCUGUGUUCAGCACUGUAUAUAUAUAGAACUAACUGCCUUUUAAUUUUCAUCUUUUGCAGUUCAGCACACGCUUUACCAAAUCAGCAAUUUGUUGUGAGAAUCUCUGGCUAGUUUUGCAUGUUCUCUUGUUUGUAGUUUGAUAAAUAAAAAGAAAUAGUUGAGAACGUUCAA